AUGGCUUCUAACCCAGGAAUGACUCCCGACCAAAUUGCCCUCAUCAAGGCGACUGUGCCUGUUCUCGUGGAACAUGGCAGCACCAUCACGACUGUCUUCUAUCGCAACAUGCUUGCAGCCCAUCCAGAGCUGAACACUGUGUUCAACACUUCCAACCAGGUCAAUGGUCACCAACCUCGUUCGUUGGCAGGUGCACUUUACGCAUAUGCCUCCCAUAUCGAUGAUCUUGGCGCACUAAGCUCAGCGGUUGAGUUGAUCUGCAAUAAGCAUGCGUCUUUGUAUAUCAAGGCCGACGAUUACAAGAUCGUUGGCAAGUACCUCCUCGAAGCGAUGGGUGAGGUGCUCGGCGCGGCAUUGACCCCUGAAAUCCACGACGCAUGGGGCGCAGCCUACUGGCAGCUCGCAGAUAUCAUGAUCGGUCGUGAAAAGCAGCUUUAUGAACAAGCCGAGGAUUGGACUGACUGGAGAGAUUUCAAGAUUGUGAACAAAGUCAAGGAAUCCGAGGAAAUCACAUCCUUCUAUCUCGCCCCUGUUGAUGAAAAGCCCCUGCCCGCCUUCCAGCCCGGCCAGUACAUUUCCAUCCAGACCCAUGUACCAGCUCUCAAGUACCCACAGGCCAGACAGUACUCUCUCAGCGACCAGCCGAAGCCGGACUACUAUCGCAUCAGUGUCAAGAGGGAACAAGGCCUCAACCCAGCUUCUCCAGAUGCUGCCACCCAUCCAGGUUGCAUCUCCAAUAUACUCCACGAUACAUGCAACAUUGGCGACGUACUCAAAGUCUCUCACCCCUACGGUGACUUUUUCCUUUCCACUACCGACUCGGAAACCGGGAACCCGAUCGUGUUGAUCUCUGCUGGUGUGGGCCUGACGCCACUGACGUCGAUGUUGAACACAUUGAUUUCGAAAUCGGCCGCAACGCGCAAGCUGCAUUUCAUUCAUGGCGCACGUUCGUCGGGCGCGCGUGCAUUCAAAGAGCACAUCUCCGAGCUUCCAAAGCAAUUCCCCUCAAUUCGUGCAACAUUCUUCACGAGUCACCCCUCAGAGGGAGAGAAGGAAGGCGAGGACUUCGACCAUGCUGGGCGUGUUGACUUGGCUAAGUUGAAGGACGAGGACUUGUUCCUUGAUGAUGCCAAGACGGAUUAUUAUAUUUGUGGACCUGGAAAGUUCAUGACAGACAUCGAGUCGGGUCUCAAGGCCAAGGGCGUGGGUGCCGAUCGCAUCAAGAUGGAAUUGUUUGGAACCGGAGGCGUUCCUCAUUGA